AUGGCUACCCCCAUCCAGCAGAACCUCGUCGAGAAGAAUGAAGCCUACGCCAAGGACUUUACCCAAGGCGACCUCGCCCUCCCUCCUGCAAAGAAAUACCUCAUCGUGACCUGCAUGGACGCCCGCAUCGACAGCCAUGCCGCCUUCGGCAUCUCGCUCGGCGACGCGCACGUGGUGCGCAACGCCGGCGGGUCGGCCCGCGACGCGCUGCGGUCCGUCGUCAUAUCGCAGCUGCUGCUGGGCACGCGCGAGGUCCUGGUCGUCAAGCACACGGGCUGCGGCAUGCUGACCUUUACCGGCGACGCCGCCCGCGCCCUGCUGAGGGACCAGCGCGGCGGGGACGCCGCCGCCGCCGUCGAGGGGCUCGACUUUCUCGACUUUGCCGACCUCGAGCAGGCCGUCCGGGACGACGUGGCCUUCCUCAAGGGGAACGCGGCCGUGCUCGACGGCAUACCCAUCACGGGUUGGGUAUACGAGGUCGAGACGGGCAAGGUCAGGCAGGUUGUGUGA